AUGAACAUCCUUGCAUUGCUCGUGCUGAGCGCUGUCGCGCAAUCCUUCAGCGUGUCUGUGCCGUCGUUCCCCGACACCAAAGACAUAUACCCUGUCGCCUCGGUCGAGAAGCCGCCACAGGACUUCUUCGCCAAAAUUAACUCGCACACCAAACAGACCGUGCUCGCGUCGAACCAAUCCGCCCAGAACACGCUGGCUUGGCAGCAGGGUAUGUCCUUUAUCUACGCAGAGUCCUCCAACGAGGCCUACACGGUCAACGUCACCGUCGGCGACGAUACGCUGCCGCUGCUCAUUGACACAGGCAGUGCAUAUCUCUGGGUGUACGGAGCCAACUGCACCGAUUCCAGCUGCGAAAACAAAAACCUCUACCAGAUGAGCUCGGGCCGAGAAUCCGGGUCCUCGUUCAAGCUGUCAUACAGUUCGGGAUCGGCCUCGGGUAGCGUGGUGUCCGACUCGCUGCAGCUGGCCGAAGUCACUGCAAACAACUUUUCGUUCGGCGUGGCGUCCCAGGUGCCCGAUCUGUUUGAAGACUACUCGUUCGCGGGCGUUUUGGGCCUCCCAGCCACCAACACGACCGAUGGUAUGACGAAUCUGGUCACGUUUCUCCAGAAUCAGGGGUCUCUGGAAAAAGGCGUGUUUGCGCUGUGUCUGGGCACGUACAACACCACGGACGGCGAUUCGAACGCCGGGCUACUGGUGCUCGGCAAGGACGUUGCCGAGCUGUACGACGGGACCAUCAGCUACGCCCCGGUGGUGAAAAAUACCAACAAUUACUGGCAGGUUGCUGUCGACUCCAUUUCUGUCGACGGCUACGAGGUGUCCUUCGACAAGGCCUCCGUCGACGGAGACGAGUCGUCAACAAAACGGCUCGCCGUCGUCGAUAGCGGCACCACGUCGAUCGUCACGGCCUCUGCAGACGCCACCAAGCUGCACUCUUUUUUCAACAACUCCGUCACUGACGGCAGCAACUUCGCCGUGCCGUGCAACACCACGUACGAGCUCGCGUUCGAGAUCGGCGGCCAGAAGUGGACGAUCGGCCCAGAAGAUUACCUCGGCUCGGCGUACUCAUCCAGCUCCCAGUACAGCGGGUACUGCGUGAGCAACAUUGUUGGCUCGUCGUCGCUGGACAACGGCACGUGGAUCCUGGGCUCACUGUUUUUGAAAAACUAUUACGUCUCGUUCGACCUCGACAGCGCCAAAGUCGGGCUCGCCAAUAGGACCGACGUCGAGAUUGAUGCCUCCGCGUCCCAGAGUUCUGUCUCCAGCCUGUCGCACUCCCAGACCACCGUCGCAGCCAGCUCCGCCGGCCACAACUCAUCGACCACACCCUCCUCGCACCAAACCCUCACACCCUCAACAUUGAGCAUUGCAAGCAGCUCCGUUUCGCGCAACGCGUCGGCCAGUUCGAGCUCCAGCUCGUCUGUUGUGUCCGGCUGGGCCGGCAAACACCGGCUGGCGCCGCCAAUGCUGCUGCUGUCGCUACUGUGUCUGCUGUGA